AUGCGAGAAAAGCGAUUAAUUUCCCAUGAUUGCUGUAAAAGUCGCAUAAAUGAGAAAAGCUCGGCGACGGCGGCCGAGCGCUGUGGAACGGAGCCAAGCCGCGCCCCCUCGGCUCCGCCCACUUUCCUUGCCGCCGUCGCCUCGGCCGUCACUCACACCCAAGCAGAAUGUCAUUGCGGUUGGGUUCUGCUCAGUGACAUUUUUUCCUUUUUUUCAAAUUUUCUCAUCGAAAAAGGCUCAUAGAAGAAAUUAAAAGAUCGAGAAGCUUCUUCGCAGAAGUUCGCCUUCAAGACAUGGCCGUUUCCAUGGAAUCAUUUGAUUUGAAGCUGUCUCUCCUGGCUCUCAAAAGAUGA